AAACAUGCUGUCUGCAGUCUCUGCACUCUGACGAACGUGUUUGACUGUUUGCCCACGCCAGUUUUCAGUUUGAUUAGUUAGUCUGCAACCUGUGAAUCGGUAUUUUAUUAUUGUCCUCACUGUGCAUAAUAAUAAGGAAGGCAUAGACAGUGAUAUUUAUAUAUUACUCAUUAGCUUAUGGGGAUGCUUUGAACAUUGAGAAUUUCAAUACUUUACGUAAAGUUUUUGAACACGUAAACCUCGAUUCUUGAUAAUCUUUCUUGUGGUGCAUUCAAAUUUGUGCCACAACAUGUCAUCUAACAAUGCCAAGCGAAACAUCUAUGUCGGUGGCCUUCCUGAUGAGGCAGAUGAAUCAGUAGUGCGUGCAGCCUUUAUUCCUUUCGGAGAAAUUGUUAAUAUAGAAAUACCUCCAGAUUAUGAAAAUCAUGAAAAACAUAGAGGUUUCUCUUUUAUUGAGUAUGAACUAGCUGAAGAUGCUGCUGCCGCAAUUGAUAACAUGAAUGAUUCUGAGUUGUUUGGCAAAACAAUUACUGUAAACAUUGCAAGACCUCGGAAAAUUAAGGAAGGAUAUUCUAGACCAGUUUGGUCAGAGGAUUCUUGGUUGCAAAAAUAUGCUGGAAAGACAGAAGAAAAUAAAAAUCCAGUGGAGGAAAACAAUAAGGAAUCAACUGAAGGGAAAGACAAUGUUUCUGAAUCUGAAACUAAGUCAGCAGUUUCUAAAAAGCCUCGCGGCAACCCUCAAGUGUACAUGGAUCUUAAAGCUGGAAAAAUCAAUUUAGGCAGAAUAAUUAUUUUAUUGAGAGCUGAUGUCGCCCCUAAAACAUCUGAAAAUUUUCUUGCUCUCUGCACUCAUGAAAAAGGUUAUGGAUUCAUGAAUUCCAGUUUUCAUCGUAUUAUUCCAGGAUUUAUGUGUCAAGGUGGUGAUUUUACUAACGGUGAUGGAACCGGUGGUCGAUCAAUUUUCGGUGGAAACGGGAAAUUCGAAGACGAAAAUUUUACGUUGAAGCACAACGGUCCUGGUAUUCUGUCUAUGGCGAAUUCAGGCCCAAAUUCAAAUGGAUCCCAAUUUUUUCUAACCCUUGACAAAGCAGAAUGGUUGGAUAACAAGCACGUCGUAUUUGGUCAACUUCUUGCCGGCCUAGAUGUUUUACGUAAAGUGGAGAAGUACGGAACAAAGUCUGGUAAACCGACUGACAAAGUCAUUAUGUCCGCCUGUGGAGAACUAUUGUAACACAUGAAUAAAAGAAGCUUUUUUUAACUACAUUGUUUAAUGACCAAUGUCUUGUGCUCAUGAAAAAUAUAAACAAACAAAUUGA